AUGGCUUAUACUUUUUCUCCUUCGAUCUCAUGCCCUUCUCCAUAUGAAGUGGAGGUAACUCGAGAAGAGUUCCAUUCUUUCCACAAAAUCGACAGAGACUUCUUCACUCGUCUCGUCGUGGAUCUAAAACAAGACAUGAAUAAAUCCUCCCAAGUGAUUGCGUUUCUCCUCUUGGUCGAGCAACUCGGCUUCGCACGCAACCUGAUCGCGUGUCUUGUCCCAUUAGAUGACAGGUCCAUAAACGCGGUGGUCAACGAAGUUGUUGAGUGUCUAAGUAUCUUAUGCAACCAAGACUACUACACAAGGCACGUUCGCCAUAACCACAACAACAAUGAUGAGGUGGUUAUACCUUUGCUCAAAAAAAUAACUGACAGCUAUCUAACCCUCAGAUACAUCAACGAAAACCGCGAAACUCUUCUUGCUGGAGUGACCAAGAAUCUGAGCGAUGUCUGCAUUCGAGCUUUCGAUGAUAUAAACGAGAAGCAACAGUUGGAGUUAGAGAGGGAGAAUUUCAUCGAGGAGAUGAAGAGGUUAAGGUUGGGUUCUCCACAACAAACCCGUACUAGGUUUAGUGUUCAACACCAAACCCCUAUAUGGUGGAAUGCUCAACAACAAAUCCCUAUUAGGCCAAGUCUUCAACAAGGAACCCUUAUUAGGUCGAGUGUUCGACAGGGAACCCCUGUAAGGGUGAGUGCUCCAAAAGUAAGGGCGCCUGCUCCAGCUCUUAAAAAAGAAGCAAAGGCCGCCGGGAUGGAGACGGAGAGGGCGGAGGCCGAAGAAGAGGUGACACCAGCUGAUGAUAGGACAGUGUUUCUGACGUUUUCCAAAGGAUAUCCGAUUUCUGAAUCGGAGGUUAGGGUUUACUUCACUAGGAAGUUUGGGGAAGUAAUAGAAACCAUAGUGAUGGACGAAGGGAAAGAGAAUAAGCAGCCCUUGUUUGCGAGGAUGGUGUUGAAGAUGCAGUAUGCGUCAAAGAUUAAAGAGAUCGUGACUCCAAUAAACAAAAAAAAGUUCACUAUUGAUGGAAAACAUGUUUGGGCUCGCAAGUACGUUCGCUAG